GGCGGUGGCCGGGGGUGUGCGUGUGGGUGGGGGUGUGGGCGUGCGUGUGGGUGUGGGUGUGGAUGUGGGUGUAGGUGAAUAGAACCCAGCAUCUACAUCCACACCCACACCCACACCCACACAUUGAGUUCGCAUACCUAUCAAAUAUAGUACCAAAAAAAAUUCCACCUGCCAUUAUACCAAGAAAAAAAGAAGUUUGAACCACUAUACGAUGGACAACAUGAUCACAAAUCAUAUUCCACUGGAACAUAAAGCAGUCGAUCAAAAGAAAUUAGAUUGUUCAAUAUUAACAUAUUCGAGAAAGAGUGAGCCUAUUAGGAAGAUCUCUCCUAUGGGUGUGGAUGUUGGUGUGAGUGAGUGUGCGUACGAGUGAAUGAAGAGAACACUGUAGUCCCCCCCCCCACAUCCGUCUAUUGUUAUAUUUCUUUUGUUUCUUUUUCUAUUCUUUUAUUUCAUUGUUUGAGUCAUCACAACACAGACUUCUCUUUAUGUAUAUAUGCUUGUUUUUCCUUAAAAAAAGAUGAUUAUUUUUGUUCGUUUCGUUUCGCCUAACUUCUAAUCUUGUUUCUGUUCUUCAAGUCAAUAAAACAAACUAUUGAACUUGACCUUUAUUGUAUUAAGCAAUUGAUAAUACAAUACAUUCUGGUUUUACGUAUUAACUUCAACACGUGACAUAAACAAGUAUAAAAAUGAUUGCAAGUUACUGCCAUCUUUGACGUUCGCUUUGAAUUGGAUAAAACAAUUUAUCAUUAAAAAACUAUAUAGUUUUCAUUCAUUCAUUUUGAUUUAUUUUGUUCAUCAAAUGAUAUUUCUCUUUGUUUUUCUUUUCUAUUAGAGAUUCCUACUCUUAUCUGAGCAAUGAGAGUGAAAAAAAGUGAACCACUAGCAACUGCUUGACGACUAGUCAGUUAAUUUCCUGGAUAGGCUAGAUAUACAGCUUGUACACAUUAGAGAAAUAAAGCAGUAUUAUUUUUGUUUUAAUUCAGUGUGCUUCCACACUACAAGAGUUAAUUCACUAAUCAGAAUUAAGCUUAACCUCUAUACUGUAGUGAAAAUAUGAAAGUAGUGUAAAUAAGAGCAGCGAAAUAAAUUUAGGAUAUUUAUCUAUCCAAAGAUGUUAUGACAACUCCUGAUCUGUAAAAAAUUUAAUGAAUCGAGUAUUUUAUUUUUAAUAAUCAUCACUCGUUCAUUUUGUCUAUCGUACAUCAAUUUUUUUCGUUGUUCUGUUUUGUUCAACCAAGCUACGAUUCGAUUGAUGAAUCAAAUUAAAUCAUCUCGUCGAGACGACUUAAGUCUGUUUUAAAUUAUAAACAAAUCAGAUUGCUUAAUUCGGCAUUAAUUGUCGUAGUGUGUACCAACUCAUAGCAAUUAUAUCAAUGGAUAGAGAAAAUUAUUCUGUAUCGAACUGUGUCUUGAGUGUUUUUGUAAGUUGGCAUGUGAUUACAUGAACUUUAUCAAAUACUAGAUUGUAGCGACAUAUUUUAGUACAUUUUUUGAGUCAAAUGUCGAGAAUUUUCACUGAGGCUAGACAAACCAACGCCUGUCGAGACUCUUUAUUUCACUGAGGCUCUAAAAUUCUGGAUAUUGAUUUAGAAAAAAGAAGCAAGACAUGUGGCUUCUUUCAAUGUGUGCAUUUGAUAUUGAUUCGAUGAGUCAUUGGGCUAUGAGCGCAUUCCAUUCCUACAAUUUUUAGCAUAAUAAUGAUGUUUAUUCAUCAUUCUCUUGUUUCAAUUCUUGAUUUGGGCCUAAUCGAUUUCUGUAUUCAAUUAAAUGUUCAACUUCUUCGGGUGACUGUUUAGAAACUUCAUAUUGAAUUGUCAUAUAUUAUUCAUUGUAUAUUUAGUUUCGGUUGUUUUGAUUGGUCAUUACGUGAAAUUGUUAAUGAUCCUCGUCAUUUAUCUUCAUUAAUACAAGAUUUUUUCACAAUAGCACGGUGAAUUAUGGAAACUAUUACUUGGUUUACAAGAUCAUACGCCACAAUUUACAUUUCAAUCUAGUAUAAAUGAUUUACCAAUAUAUUUACGUGCUAAAAUUGUAUCAUUAUCUUUACCGAAUAUUUUUUCUGAUGUCAGUGAAUUUCGUUUACUUCUAAUGCCAACAAGUAAUACUACAGCUUCAAAUAUUCUUACAACUUUACGUGUACUUAAUUCACGUUUGUUACCACCUGUACCUAUUGAAACAACGACAAACACAUCAUCAGUAAUUCCAUCAUCACCACCUGUAAUUUUAGCGACAACAACAGUCGAUAUCGAUGAAUUAAUGAAAAAAAUUGAUUAUUUUAUUAGAAAAUCCGUUUUUGAUACAAACAGUGGUUCAGUUCUUGUUCAAAAAUUUAAUUUGUCAGAUGUUCAUUUACUUUGUAUUCUUAUAUUUAUUAAACGUUUUCAUUUAUUUUGUUUAUAUCAAAUUGGUGUUGGUGGCAAUAAUGCUUCUCUUGCUAAUACAGGCCUGACAUUACUCAAACAACAUAAUCUUCUUGUACCUUUAAAAACACUUAAACGGUUCAUUGAAAUUUACAUUUCGAAAAAAUUAAUUUUCGAGAAUAACACAUUAUUCUGA